ACAGCCGACUACACCACAGGCAGGCCGAGCACACACCAACGGGCGCCAUGCACUACUCCUGGACGGACAGCUAGCCCGCAGAAGUCCUCGACCAAGCCCGAAAUGCUCGGUCCGGGGCGCACGUUGGUGCAUUGUUUCACUGAUACAAGGCAUGGAGAGGCGGCGACUACGUUAAAAUGGCGGGGUUUUGAGUCUUACUUUCGCGUCUCGCUCGGUGUGGCGCGGCAGAGGAUCGUUUCCAAAGUUGUCGGUUAGCAGGGCGCGCGUGAAGCAUCGGAAUUAAAGGCGCAGUGCACCGCGUUCGAAGCCGCAACAAAAAAAGAAGGAAAAAUGGAGCAGACCGACUUGGAGCGAGACCAGCAGUACUGUGAACUUUGUGGGAAAAUGGACGACCUCCUCAAGUGCGGUCGGUGCCGCAGCUCCUUCUACUGCAGCAAGGAGCACCAGAAGCAGCACUGGAGGAAACACAAGCUCACCUGUAAGGAGACGGACAAGGCGCAGCUACUCAAACAGAAGCCCGAGCAGCCUCCGCCGCCGGGGGACGACCAGGCGCCGGAGAAACACCGGGAAGAGACCGGUCCCCGGGAGACGGACAGCGCACCCGUACCGCAGACCGCGAGCACCGAGGUCUCGGGGGAUGAAGACGGACCGAGGGAGGAGCGGUCCAUGAACACCCCCGCGCCCAACGGGCAGACCAGCUCGUCCCCGCGGAAGCUCGUGGAGUACAUCGUCCCGUGCAUGAACAAGCACGGCAUCUGCGUGGUGGACAACUUUCUAGGAGCCGAGUACGGAUCGGGCGUCUUGGACAACGUCCAAGCGCUGCAGAAGACGGGCAAGUUCACGGACGGGCAGUUGGUCAGUCAAAAAAGCGACUCCACCAAGGACAUACGAGGAGACAAGAUCACGUGGAUCGAGGGGCGGGAGGCCGGCUGCGAGAAGAUCCGCGUUCUAAUGAGCCGCAUGGACGACCUGAUCAGACACUGCAACGGGAAACUGGGGAACUACAAGAUAAACGGAAGGACAAAAGCAAUGGUGGCGUGUUACCCCGGAAAGGGUACAGGAUACGUGCGCCAUGUGGAUAACCCCAACGGCGACGGGCGAUGUGUCACAUGCAUAUAUUACCUUAAUAAAGAUUGGACUGCCAAGGAACACGGUGGCCUUCUUCGAAUCUUCCCAGAAGGAAAGGCGCAGUUUGCCGACAUAGAGCCCAAAUUCGACCGCCUGCUGCUGUUCUGGUCCGACAGGCGGAACCCUCACGAGGUUCAGCCCGCCUUCGCCACCAGGUAUGCCAUCACCGUGUGGUAUUUCGACGCGGACGAGCGAGCCAGAGCUAAAGAGAAAUACUUAACGGGAGAAAAAGGAGAAAAGGUUGAGCUUGACAAAGCGUCGGAUCCCAGCUAGUGCGCGGCCCGAGUCCCCCUCCAAACGGCCUUUUUAAGUGCUCAGUCCUGAGAAAGUGGCCUACAGAGAGCAUGUGUGUGCGUUUUACAUGGCGAAGCAGCAGACGUUUUUCGUGCGAGUCGCUGGAAGAUCCAUUCAUAUGGACCCGAAACAAACAUGAACAGGGAUCUCUGUUAGUUUUCAGAAAACCGGAGAAGCCCGGAGGACCUUGAAUGUCAUGACAUUGUACCGAAAGGGAUUGUGUUUCUUGUUAUUUUUCCCCUUUCACCUCUUGGGUGAAAUGAAAGGCUCGUUGCUGGAGAGCCUUUGUGUUGACAUUUUCAAAAAAACAACAGGAAUUUAACUCCCGGAGAAGCUACAGUUUUUGCAUAUUGUUCUUUGCAGUCAAUUCCUAAAGGUACAGUGUUCUGCAUAUGCUAAAUGUGUUAUGCUUUUCACAUGGAAUCAGCUGUUGUAAGCUACUGUAUUGCUAAAUGUACUUGAGGUUGCAAUAAUACGAAGAAUGAUCUGAAUUAAAAACGUCUUUUUUCUGACCGAAAUGA